CACUCGGUUUCCACUUUCUCCACUCAGCUCUACACACAGGUGUAUCCUCGUUCAUUCCAAUUACAUUUUCGGUUUUUAAAAUUUUUGGAUCAAUAUUCUUUCUUCGAUCGGGGAAGUUACGACUUGUUAAAUUUUAUUUGUGGAGAACUGAAGGGGAAAAUGAAGCGCAAGCGCGAGUCUGGAAGAUGCAAAUCAAAGAAGCCCUCUAUAUCAGGCGCUGCUCAGUUAUCUGUAAACCCCGGAUAUUACUCUGAUAAGGAUGAAAACAAUGUCAGAUUUGACGCUCGAGUGGACCUGGGAACGAGAACAUCCAAAGCCGAUAUGAGUGGACAGCUUGAUGGUUUGGAAAAAGAAGUGGCAAAUGAUGGAACAGUUGAUAGUGCUUCAGCAAAGUUGGCUAGGGCUCUUUCUCCUUCAUGUGCAAACCAAAGUAGGAAUGAAGUCACACUGCAAGGUGAUAAGAACUGCGAAAAACAACCAAAAUCACCUUGUCAGGAUCCUCGAUACAAUGAGCAUGAGUUGAAUUCUGCCUUGUUGGUGAUUAAGAAGAUUAUGAAAAUGGAUGCAGCUAUACCGUUUAAUCUACCUGUUGAUCCUAUUGCAUUGGAGAUUCCUGAUUAUUUUGAUGUCAUCGAUACACCCAUGGAUUUUGGUACGAUAUGUAGCAACCUAGAAAAUGGUCUCAAGUAUGUAAAUUCGGAGGAUGUCUUUAUGGAUGUGCAGUACAUAUGGGAUAAUUGUUGCAAGUACAAUAAGAAAGGUUCUUAUAUUUUGGAGCUCAUGAAACGGGUGAAGAAUAACUUCAUCAAGCACUGGAUCGCAGCUAAGUUGUGCAAGGAACCAUUGAAUGUUGCUAAUGGACAUAUGAACCAAAUGUUAGAGUCUCCCAUUGAGUCAACCAUGAGGCAUAACAACGCUGCACAGAAAUAUCAAGGGGAUUUGACCAUCAGCAACUCUUGCCAUUUGCAAUUGAACCAAAGGCAGCAGCAACAGUUAUCACCUUGCUGUAGCCAUGCAUGUAAGCCACAACAAGUAUCCUGCCAGUGCGAGUGCCUAUUGCACUCUGGACAGUUGCAACCUUGUCAGCCCCAGAAUGGCACACAUGUGUCUACUUCAGAUUCAGUUUCUCGCCACAAUGAUUUUAGGCAUUUAUACUCGGUGGACCUUAUGAAUGGUAACUCUUUCAACCAAUGUCCAAGUCUAGUUCACUCUUGUCAACCAUCACCCAGCUGCAACUUUCUAUGCCAUCCCCAUCUAAGGAACUGCCUCCCACAAUCAAGCUCAGACCAGUUGGCACCUUCCCGAGUGCAAGCAGGCAUAAAUGUCCAUAAUGCAGGAAAUUUUCAGUUACCCACCCAUAGGGAAUCUGCUUUCACAUUCAAUAAAUGCGAGCAUGCAUGCAGUUCAGGCCCAGAUACUGGCAAGGGGAAGCAACAAGAGCAGUGUCAGAUGGACUCAGUUUAUGGUCAGGCACAUCACCUUCCAGGAAGCUGCAUCCAUGUACAUCAGCUGCAAGAGUGCUCUUGUCACCAGUCUCAGAAUUCUAAGGUGGAGGCAGGCAGAAAUACUGACAAUUCUGGAAAUUUGCGCACGGCACCUCCAAUGGAGUCUCCUCUUAACUGUAGUGGACCUGGUAUCGAAUGUCCAGUGACCCCAGUUGCUCAUAACGCUAGCACCCAGCAGCUAGAUAAGAUGGACCCUACCCAGGAACAAUCGUCCUCUAUGAUCAACGAGACAGAAUGCAACCCCCAAGAGAACACCUGCCAUAACCUGCCUGGGUCCAGCUCAUCGCAACCUUCAUCUCCUACUGAGACCGAUAAUAGGAACAGAGAGUAUAGUAGCUCCAGGAGGAAGGCUCGGGUUCGAGGUCCCACUCGUUGCCUUCAUCUGUUGAGCGACAAGCGCAUAUCAAUCACUACCAAUGUAUUAGGGCAGCCCAUUGGCCUUGAGGCGCCAAAAUUGACCAGCUUCCUGGGUAUCCUAGCACGGAAUGGGAACUUUCUACCCCUAACGUAUGUUGACUGGAGGGCAGUGCCCAAUGAAAGUAAGGAAAGCUUGUGGCAGAAAGUUCAGUUGAGGUUUGAUAUUGACCCUGUGAGUAAAGAUUGGGUCCUGCGUUCUCUUGGGAGAAAAUGGAAGGACUGGAAAGCCAAGUUGAAGAGCGCACAUUACUGCCCUCAUGAAACUGAUGAGGAGCGGCUAGCUGAUCGUGAUGAGAGGGUCCUUCCAGAUCAGUGGGCAUCUCUUAUUGCGCACUGGAGUUCUGAAACAGAAGAGAAACGCAGUGCCACAAAUAAGGCUAAUCGUGCACAUCAAAAAUAUGGUCAUGCAACAGGCACAAAGAGCUUUGCACGAAUACGUGAAGAGCAGCGAGCAAAGAGAUCUGAUGGGAAGGAACCAUCACGUGCAGAGCUAUUCAUAUUGACUCGUACAUGCAGAAAUGGGAAGCCUGUUAAUGAGGCAUCAGCAGCAGUAAUUACGCAACUCCAAGGCCUUGAAAAACAACAGGAUACCUCACAGAGCAGCACUAACCGGGAUGAUAUGUUUUCCCAAGUCCUGGGUAAAGAUAAACAUGGACGUGUUCGUUGUUAUGGAUUAGGCUCCUCCCCUUCUGAUAUUGGGGUGCAGAAGCCUUCUCGUGAAGAAGCCUUGAAAAUGGUGUCUGAGGCUAAUGUAGAAAUACGUGAGCUGAAGGAGAAAAUGGCAGCCAUGGAGCAGACCUGUGCACAGAUGGCAACUCAGAUGACUGAUAUGAUGUCAAUGAUGUCUUCCAUGAGGAAAUUACCUGAUGAGAAUGUGGCUGAUAAGGCUGCCAAUACUUCUGGUGCUUCUGACAGUACAUUUCUCCUACCAUCUCCUGGUAGAGGUUCAACAUGCCAGGUAGCGUCAGAGUUAACGUAGGAAAGUGGAUAGAUUGUUGAUGUGUUUUUAUGGAAUGCUAGUUUCAUCUAAUGACCCAUAGAUGUAUACCUAACAUAUUCCAUAUUUUGGUUGUGGAAGUAUUUAUGUCCUAUCCAAGAUAAAUGUUUUCUUGUAAAUAUUGUUUUAGCUUUACAGACAAUCCUUUGAUCAAUUUCAAGUCUGUUACUACCAUAACCUUGGAAACGACAUUUCUGGUAUGUGGUUUUACUUUUAA